CUGAUCUCUGAUAGUAGGCCGAAUCAGUGUUGGUGUAAAUGGAACAGUCGUCCUGACAGCCCGAACCGGCGACCGGCUUUUUGAGACUUUUCCGAAAACUGUGAUACAAGAUGGAAAUUUUGGGCUUCACGAACCAGUUCAACAACAACAUCGGCGAAAGCGAAGUCGUGCUCGACUCGGAAGCCCUGGCCGUGGAGGCGCUGUCCAAGCGCUUCGCGGAGGAGCUGAAGAAGGCCAAGAGGGCGCACUUCGCCUCCGGGGAGGUGUUGCUGCCCACGGAUUUAACCAAAGCUCUGGCUGAAGACGUCUUCGCCAUGGCCGAAGCCGAGCUGUGCGGCCUCAAGGGCUGCACGAUCUUCAUCAACUUCGAGAGCGGGGAGGAGCGGCGUAGGCUCAGCGUGGUGGACUGCGACCCGCUGACUCCUUCGACUUUCGAGUUGUAUUUGACACUUAGGCAGAGUACAAACGGUUGGAACCACUUCCUACCGCGAUUUUUGAAAAAAAUGACGCGCGGUGGUACCGUGAUGAUUUCCUCCGAGUACAGCAUCCGGAAAAAGAAGCUGUACCGAUCGUACGACGAAUAGUUCUCGAAAGACUGAUUUUGCAAGUAUUUGCAAACGAUCCAACGUUUUGUUGAACGAUUGUUUUUUCUCAUUGUGAUAUUAGGUGCGAUACGACGACCGAGAAGCCGAUUUUUUCUGAUCUGAACAGUAUUGGGCUUCUCAGUCGAAGAUCUAGAUGAUCUCAUUCGAACUUGUACAGUCUCGACUAAAGUUUAGGCUAGUUUGUCUGUUGAGUGUAGAUUUUAUUUUUUUCCUCUCUACAACUAAAAUGUGAUAGUACUUGUGUACACAGCUUUUUUAUAUUGUAUCACGUUAUAGAAUGUUUACUAUUGAGAAUACAAAAUAUGAAGAAA